UUUAAAAUCAUCGGACAGUGCUUUCUCGAUAACGAAAACGUUUCGCGCUCUAAGCCAUGAAUGCCGGAGCGGCUUUUCUCUCUCUCGCUCCAGACUUCUCUUAUUUGCAGAAGCACAAGAACUCUAAUGCUCCUAGGGUUAGUAGAAAGAUAGUCUGUUCUAACUUUGACUGGCAAAGUGAAAGAUUUCUUCGGUACUCCAAUUUUCAUGUUUUAUCGGUAAGUUCAGUUUCGUUGGAAAGCUUUGGCCGGAGGAAAAUCGGUAGAGUUUGGGCCGAUGUGAAAUCCGAGCCAUACGACAUCGUGGACUCGGCACCGGAUGCUGUCAAGUUUCUAGAUGCUAUGAAUGAUGUUAGUAUUGCAGAGGACUCCCCAGAACGCGCGUUUCCAUGGUGGGAACAGUUUCCCAAGCGUUGGGUGAUUGUAAUUCUGUGUUCCUCAGCUUUUCUACUCUGCAAUAUGGAUAGAGUAAAUAUGAGCAUUGCCAUCCUUCCAAUGUCAGCAGAAUUCAAUUGGAGUCCCACAACUGUUGGUUUGAUUCAAUCUUCUUUUUUCUGGGGUUACCUUCUUACCCAGAUUGCUGGAGGUAUAUGGGCAGAUAAAGUUGGUGGGAAGCGUGUACUGGGAUUCGGGGUAGUUUGGUGGUCCAUCGCAACAAUUCUCACACCUGUUGCUGCUAAGAUUGGGUUGCCUUUCUUACUUGUUGUCCGUGCAUUCAUGGGGAUUGGUGAGGGUGUUGCCAUGCCUGCCAUGAAUAAUAUUCUGUCAAAGUGGAUUCCUGUUGGAGAGAGAAGUAGAUCUUUAGCUCUAGUAUACAGUGGGAUGUACCUUGGAUCAGUAACAGGAUUGGCAUUUUCACCUUUGCUGAUACAUAGGUUUGGUUGGCCAUCAGUUUUUUACUCCUUUGGCUCUGUUGGGACUGUUUGGUUUGCAAUAUGGCUGAGUAAGGCACACAGCUCACCUUUUGAAGAUCCUGAACUUCGUCCUGAAGAAAAGAGGCUUAUCAUUAGUGGCAAUCCUCCUAAGGACCCUGUGACGACAAUACCGUGGAGACUAAUAUUAUCAAAAGCACCUGUCUGGGCCCUAAUAGUCUCCCACUUCUGCCACAAUUGGGGGACAUUCAUUCUUCUCACAUGGAUGCCGACAUACUAUAACCAGGUCUUGAAGUUCAACCUCAUGGAGUCUGGGCUUUUCUGUGUUUUACCCUGGCUUACAAUGGCAUUCUCGGCAAAUGCUGGAGGGUGGAUUGCAGACACACUUGUGAGCAAAGGGCUAUCUGUUACCGUGGUUCGCAAGAUUAUGCAGUCAAUUGGGUUUCUUGGUCCAGCUUUCUUUCUAACUCAGCUCAGUCACGUCGAUUCCCCUGCCUUGGCAGUUCUAUGCAUGACAUGCAGUCAGGGAACUGAUGCAUUCUCUCAGUCAGGUCUAUAUUCUAAUCAUCUAGAUAUUGGCCCUCGAUAUGCUGGAGUACUGCUUGGACUAUCCAACACUGCAGGGGUACUGGCAGGUGUCCUUGGGACAGCAGCAACGGGUUACAUCUUGCAACAUGGAUCUUGGGAUGAUGUCUUCAAGGUUUCAGUUGGCCUCUAUCUGGUAGGAACUGUUGUCUGGAACCUCUUCUCUACCGGCGAGAAAAUCCUGGAUUGAUCAUUAGAAUACCUGAUUAUAUUUGUGGGCUAGCUUUUGCCGACAUACGUGACAUGAAAAGAGUUUUGGAAGAUAAAAUUAAGAGAAGCAAGAAAAGAAAUCAAGGUGGGACAAAAAUGGAGAAAGGAAUUCCUAGUGGUAUUUGGUUACACAACUCAUGGAGUGCCAGGAAAAUCACAAUGAAGAAUCACAUAACCCACAUCACUCAGAUCAAAAAGUUUUUAUUCUCAAAAUUUCCACUUGCUCAACAUAAUCGAACACAUUUGCCUCCAGCUCUGCCAGGCUGAUUGAACAAUGGAAAAUUCCAAAUCAUCUUAAUAUGAUGCCUAACCUGUCAUCAUUGCUUGCACAUAUGUAAUGGAGGAAAGAUUUUUGUGUAAUUGCCUUCAGCCAUAGGCUUGUAUAUUUGUAACAGGUUAACCCUUGUCAAUUUUGCUAUGUAAUGUAAUUAAUCGAUGUCAUUUUUUUGUGUAGAUUCUGUGGCUAA